AUGGCAAAACAAGACAGGUCUCCAAGGCUUAAAAGAGCUCGAAGGGAUAGUGGAGUGGGAGCUACAGGCUUCGAGUCUGAUACCAACGAUGAUACUGUAUCGACUCAGACCCCCGACUAUAGUGGUGCUAACACUAACAACAACAACAUUUCAUCAACGAAUGGAUCGCCACUACCUGAAGAAUCAAGCAUAACGUUUAGCAGGAAGCUAUCUGAUUUAUUACUGGAUUCAGAGUUCCCGUUACCACCUGUGAUACAGUCAACUGCUUCUGGAUCAUCACAGUCGUCAAAGGAAAAGAGUCACCACACCUCGUCCAAUGGAACUACUGUAUCUUCCUCAUCGAAUGACAGUAGUAACGUGUUUUCAAGAAUCAUGAUUCCAAAGAACGUUGUCCCGAGAUUGCUGAGAAUGUUACAAGACAAUUUGCAAGGCGGCAAGAAGAAGGACUCGUCACUAAAGAACCUAACGCCAGUAUCAUACAAUGAACGACUUCUGCCUCGAAUGGUAGUUUUCGCUUCUCACAUCAGUGCAGCCGAUAAGGUCUACCGACUAGUCGAGUACAUCCUACGCUUAAUAGCAUACUUGUCCUACUUGCGAUUCAGCAGUGUCACUGCUAGGAAGGCAUUGAAUCUGGCUAGUGCGUUGAAUGAUACGAGAGCUGGCAUGAGGCUUGUUGGGCUGUUGAUGGUUGCUGACCGUGCUUAUCAACAUUGGCCGAAUACUACGAGGAGUCGUCAUCAUAAUAGUAAUAGCAGUAAUAAUAAUAACAAUCUGAAUGGCAACAUCUCAACCAACAAUAACAGCAGCCAUCAUAAACCGAAUAUAGAAAACUCGGUGGUAAUGGGUGAGAGUAUGACUAGUAACGGUGGCCAAUCAAGUCUCUCGUCAUCCAUGUCCAUGACCGCCAGCAUGUCAUCAUCAACCAUGUCACAACCACUAUACACAACCUCAUCAACAGGAAUAACAGACUCGCCAUCAAACCUAUCACGAGACGACCGAAUGCUGCGCGGUCUAGAAGCAUGGCAAACCAUUGUAUUAGCUAUAUACUACCCACUAGAUCACAUCCGAUGGUUUGCUCGUCACGGCGCAAUGGCCAUGCCAUCCACACAAUCAACGAGGACGCUAUCUCGAUAUGCUAGUGCGUGUUGGACUACAUAUCUGCUACUGGAUCUAGUGUCGAAUACCAUUAAUCUGGCUAGAUCGUCGCGAUCUGUGUCUAUGGUGCAAAAGCAGGGGACAUUGCUGCAGCUGGCUAGAGAACAUACGAGUCAUAGACAUCAUCGUGUUGCGUCACCGGAACGAGUCAAUAAUAGUAAUAAUAUUAAUGGGCGUAGUCAUAGUACUCAUAGUCAGCAUGGAAGCAAUACGGUGGACGUGUCUGAAGAACAAGCCAUGUUGAAUCGGGAGUUGCAUAUGUAUUUGGUGCAACGGGCUGAUUGGUUCUGGAGAUUGAUGAGCAAUUUGGGAGAUCUGCCUCUUGCCGUUGACGCGACUUUAUUGAAUCCGGUGUUGCCGCAUGGGUUGAGUGCCUUGCUGGGGUGCUGUAGUAGUGCGGUUGCUAUCUAUUGUAGGUGGAAUCAUAUUCAUAGUGUUGCAGACACGUUAUAA